AAAAUGACUUGAGUUGGAGAGCUGCUGCUUUAUCCACAGGACCAGCUCCCUGCCCGGUGUUCAGUGUCCCAUUUGGAUGCACCGUACACUAUGGUUCACGUCAAUGUGUUGAAAAAAUUAACGUGUGUUCUUGUGGUGAUACUGGUAGCUCUGACGGUUUGCCUGUGGAGAGAGACGAGAAGAAGCUACUAUGUUCCUUUCAAGACCGAGAGCCAUGCUUUGCAGGUUCACAGGACUUCGGAAAAAUGGAACCCACUUAAAUCACAGGGCCUUUUCCGUGAAGCAGCCAGUGAAUUGAGUCAGAUACCCAAAACUUGGCUUAGUAACCGCAACAAAGUAAAAGGCAGCACCUCUGGAACAGCAGAAAAGUCCAAGAAAGCAGCAGACUCUGUGAAGGUAUGGGAUAAGGACAGUUCAUCCAGAAAUCUUAUACCCAGGCUGCAGAAGGUCAGAAAAAACUACCUGUCCAUGAACAAGUACAAUGUGACUUACAACGGAAAGAGGAACACUGCUAAACUCAGCCCAGAGAAGCUGCUCUGCCAGCUACGGGACAGGGUGAACGUGACCAUGAUACAGGGAUCUGAUGGUCCUUUUGAUACCUCCGAAUGGCAGCAAUACCUACCAGGGAAAAGCCUCAAUGAAACAGUGGGCCGCCUGGGUCGCUGUGCUGUUGUGUCCUCAGCAGGGUCUCUGAAAUCAUCUCAUUUGGGACAAGAGAUAGACAGCCACGAUGCCGUCUUGCGAUUCAAUGGGGCUCCUAUCAAGGGGUUUCAAGAAGAUGUGGGGCAAAAGACAACAAUUCGUCUUGUGAACUCCCAGCUUGUAACUGUUGACGAGCAGCAGUUCCUGAGGGAAGCACUAUAUAACACUGGAAUCUUAAUUGUCUGGGAUCCAGCACCGUAUCAUGCAGAAAUUCAUGAGUGGUACAGAAAACCAGACUACAACUUUUUUGAAAGCUAUAAGUCUUAUCGUAGUACACAUCCAGAGCAGCCCUUCUAUAUCCUGAAUCCAAAAAUGCAGUGGCAACUCUGGGAUAUUCUGCAGGAGAAUUCCAUGGAGCAUAUUCAGCCUAAUCCACCGUCGUCAGGAAUGCUUGGCAUCGUGAUCAUGAUGACGCUCUGUGAUGAAGUGCACGUGUACGAAUUUCUCCCUUCCAAACGGCAGACGGACAUUUGCCACUAUUACCAGAAGUUUCACGACCGUGCCUGUACAAUGGGAGCUUACCACCCCCUCCUGUUUGAGAAAAACUUGGUGAAGCAUAUAAACCAGGGCACAGAUGAGGACAUCUAUACUCACGGGAAAGUUAUUUUGCCUGGCUUCCGAAACGUGCAUUGCUAGCAGAUGAGUUUUUAGUGUGUUUAGGAAUUUUUCUUGACUGUCAAAGCACUUUUUAAAUCAGGGUUGUCAAAUUUGUUAGGUCUAAGCACUGGUGUGUUUUGACAGCUCUUCCAUGUUGCAAUACUUGCUCUUAGGACUUCGUUGCCUAACUUCUCCCAACUGUAAGGUGGUGUUAAUACAUUGCGGUACGUCCACGCGGUAUCUGCAUGAGCCACUGCAAUAAAUAUACUCCCAGUGGAGCCAGGCUCAUGCAGCAGGUGGAUAUCUCUGUCUUCAUCUCAACCGAUGAUGGUGUAUGGGAGACGCAG